CCCAGGCGGGCUCCAAGCGUGGCGCGGAGUUCCGUGCGGUGCCGGCUGUAGCGGGUUACGCAGCAUGUCUAGUUCCGGAGGUGAUAUGCAGGGGGACGCUAGGGGAAAGGGUGCUGCUGCCGUCAGCACGUUCAGCUUCAGCCCGGAACCCACGCUGGAGGACAUCCGGCGUCUCCAUGCAGAGUUUGCUGCAGAGCGGGACUGGGACCAGUUCCACCAGCCUCGGAACCUCCUCCUGGCCUUGGUCGGGGAAGUUGGAGAGCUGGCAGAACUCUUUCAGUGGAAGUCUGACGCAGAACCUGGCCCCAAAGCCUGGCCCCUGAGGGAACGGGCAGCCCUUCAAGAGGAGCUUAGUGAUGUCCUCAUCUAUCUGGUGGCAUUAGCAGCCCGCUGCCAUGUGGAUCUGCCCCAAGCAGUGCUCUUGAAAAUGGAUACCAACCGACGACGUUACCCAGUUCAUCUGUCACGUGGCUCAGCCCGCAAGUAUACAGACUUGCCCCAUGGGGCCAUCUCUGAAGACCAGACCGUGGGGCCUGCAGACCUCACCCAUGAGUCCACAAGCCAGACCUCAACAUAGAAAUGUGGGAUCAGAACCUGCAACUCAGCUUGACUUCUGAAAAGCAGAGGGUGACCUGGCUACAGAACUUAUUCUGGUUCUUUCCUAAUAGUCAUGGGCCUGAGGGACCCAUUGCCCAGUUUUCGAGGCCCAAGAGCCUCCAGAAGAUAGCCUUUUGGUGUUUUCUCUCCCAAUAAAACAGUUUGAGCAACAACUUCUAGAUUUUUCUGAAGUGGCCAGGGAGGCUAUCAGCAGCACUGCAGAGGGGCACCAGGAGUGCCUGUGAGCCCAAUCCCCACAGUUCUCUACCUCCUAUCUGCAGGGCAGAGGUCCAGCUCCCAGCAAAUUCCCAGUGAAUUUCAUGCAAGUCUCUUCCCGCUUCUGGACCUGUAGAGGAGACGAGGCUGUACAGUGUUGGUUAACAGUUCAUGUUCAGAGACUUAUAGGCCAGAUGAUAUUCAUCAUUUUACUUCAUCUUUUACUUUCAUCUUCUGUAAAAUGAAAAAUAAUAGCCUGGCACAUAGUUUAAAUAACUGUUAAUGUGUAGUUCUCUUUUGCCUUUUCAACUCAAAGCUUUCAGGGAUUCUGAGCAUGAAAUCAGAGACACAAGAGGGCCAAGUCUCUGAUGUAGAACAGGAGGGAGCUUCCUCUUCUUUCAGUCUCCUUCUUAAAAUUGAAGACCAGGUAUCAAUUAGGUCAAUUUCUUGUUGUUCUUUUCCAAGUAAAUGACAUUGUUAAGUAUGUAUGAUUUAUCCAUUGUGUAACCUUGGGCACAUCACUUUCCUUUGUGCUUCCUAUGGCCUACUUCCCUCACAGAGCAGGGUAAUACAAAGAAAAGGACCUUUAA